AUCACGGAACGCUGGGGAAGCGAGGCACCUUCCUCGUAGAACCAUUUACGCCAUCUGUCUCACGUCGCUCCGUUGCUCUUGCCAGAACCUGAGAAACACAAAACAGCCCUCUACCCCCGACGAGCUCUAUAUAUAGGGUACAGGGUCGAAUCCUGCGCUUCCAUCUUCCCGCCUGCGGUUUCCCGUCGUCCUCAAUCAACCAACAAACCACCCUAUCCCCGCUUCCCCGCCCACAGCUCCAACCAAAAGCAGCCACAAUGACGGGCGGCAAGUUCGAGCCCAAGAAGCCAGUCGAGCUGGAUCCCCCCAAACUAGACGUCAAGAUUUCCAAGGACGAUCUCGCCAAGGCCAUCGGCCUCGAGGACGGAACGUGCUAUGUUGGCAUAAAGGGACUGGUCUAUGACGUCACGGGCAACAGGGCCUACCAACCCGGGGGCGCUUACCAUGUCUUCGCCGGCAAGGACGCAUCCCGCGCCCUCGCCAAGUCGUCCACCCAGGCCGAGGACGUCAGCCCCGAGUGGAAGGACCUGGACGAGAAGGAGCAGGGCGUGCUGAAUGACUGGAUCACCUUCUUCAGCAAGAGGUACAACGUCGUCGGCGUCAUCGACGGCGCCGACAACCUGGCCGAGGAGACCGUCCCCAAGGAGUAGGGGUAGAAGAAGCCCACGCCCAUCACUGUUGAUAGUCUCUUAGAAACCCGACCACAAUGCAACGCCACAACGCGCGCCUUCAGAUGCUCUUUCAUGAAUGUCACACGCAUGCACUCCAACACUUUGGAGUGGCCCGGCUUGCCUAUGGGACGGACAUGGCUUCGUUUCUAUUCAUAUCACCCUAUGUCUGAUUUUGUUUCUC